AUGGGCGGGAGGGGAGGGGGGGGCGGGCGGGCGGAGGGAGGGAGGGAGGGAGGGAAGGUGGAGGGAGGGAGGGAGGGAGGGGGGGGAGGGAGGGAGGGAGGGAGGGAGGGGAGGGAGGGAGGGCGGGAGGGAGGGAGGAGGGAGGGAGGGUGAGGGAGGGAGGGAGGGAGGGAGGGAGGGAGGGAGGGAGGGAGGAGGGAUGGAGGGAGGCGUUAGGGAGGUGCGGAGGCUAGGGAGGGAGUGGUGGGGGUGGUGGCGGUGAGGCGGGCGUAGGGAGGGAUGGGAGGUCGGGAGGCGGAUGUGAGUAUUCUUUUCGUUUCUUUCUUGUCUUUUCUUUAUUUUCUUCUUUCUUUCUUCUUUCUGUCUUUAUUUCUUCUUUCUUUCUUCGUUCUUCUUUCUUUCUUUCUUUCUUCUUUCUUUCUUUCUUUCUUUCUUUCUUAAAGCUAUUGUUUAUUGUAUUUUGACCCUUUUUAGAUUCCCACACAUCUAUAGCUAGCCGUCGCUGCCAUUGGUUUGUUUGGAAAGCAGAGUGGUCCUCUGUGUUUAGUCACAUUCCUUAUUUCCGAUGAUUACUCUGGAAAUAGAAGUAACCUAAUAAUAGCCUCCUUCAUUCGUCCAUCGAGGUUUGGCUUCUAUACUCCAGUGAGAUAAUAACUCCAUCCAUCCCUCCCUCUGUCUAUCUCUCUAUCCCUCCCUUCAGAAAAGAGCUGAUCCACAACAGGAAACGACUCGUAAUCUUUUAACUAAACAGACAUUUCCUGCUCCAGUUGUUGUCAGUUGGACUUCUAGCUCUCCGUAGCUUCUUUCUGUACUCAUCCAUCCAUCCUUACUGCCUGCCCUCUGUCCCAUAUCUCUGCCUGGCUGGGUAGGCACUACUUUUAAGUGACAUUUCAGACUGCUUUGGAAGUAUUCUUAGGAUUCUUAGGAUAAUAAUUCUGGAGGAAGGAGGAAUCCCCACCAGGUAUUAUUAGUGUCUCGUUUCAUGCAGAUUGUUUUGUUGUCUUGCUUCUUGUUCUUGCAGAGGUUACCACAUUUAUUUGUUUGGUGUUCUGGUCAUAAUUCGUUUAGCCAUCUAAGUUAUGUAAAGAAACAAAUUGUGUGUAAUCUUGUUAGGAAAAUAACAAGUUGUUAUAUAAUACAAAGUUAAUUCAGUUAUUGGAUUAUUGGUUAUCAUGCAGUAUGAUGUUAUAUUUCAGGCCCUGCCAGGUUUGCAGAGCUUUCCUUCUAGAAUUAAAUGAUGUGUGUCUGUGUGUUUGCUUGGAGUGACUGUCUGUGCCUGCACAUGUCUGUGUUUGUGUGCACCCUCCCAGUGUGGUGUGAUGUAACGUAGCACAUUUAGAGAACCGUACUAAACAAUGUACUCAACUAAUCAUAAAUUACUAAAGAGGAGGCUUGGCUUCCAUUUAGUCUCAUGACACCCCUCCUCUCCACUGCAGGUGACUUGCCCAUCGCUGUAGCAACCCAGCCUGUGGAGAAGAGGAGGAGUGGAUCCAGGAGAGGACCAUGGAGCAGUGUGAGACUUCUGCGAGCCCCAGCAGAGAUCACCCAUGGAAGGCAGCGACCAUGAAGAGGAUGGCCUGGGCCCAGAGCAGAGACUCCUGGCAGGGCCCCUCUGAGAGCCAGGACACCCAGGAUCAGGAGGGUUGCAGCGAGGAGACGGUGUCCCCAGAGCCCACCAUGGAGGAGAAGACGGCCCCGGCCGAGGAGCCAGGUACGUUGGGAAGAGCUACAGAGGGAGCAGCAGGCAGAAAUAAUGAUUGUUUGGGUUUUUGAUGGCUUGAUAAACAGCUGCAUGGAAGUCAUGAUAAAACAAUAAGCCUACUUUAAGGUCUUAUUGCUCUAUUAUUAACUAGCCCAAAAAGGAAUUAAAUCCUGCAACAGCAAACCGUUUAUUUAGAUUUUUGAAUCCAGUUGUAAUGGUUAUGGACAUUGUAGAAUAGUUAUAGGCAUUGUACAUGGCUUUGAAUUGCUCUGUUUUUUUUCACUCAGGGCGCUUCCCUAACAAGAUUGCGAGCUGGCUCAAGGACUGCAGGUGUAGUAAUGUUGUGUUAUAAUGAAACCUCUACAUUGACAUGUAAAUUAACAUUAGGGCACACAAUGGACAACGUUGUAAAAUGUUGUGCAACAGAAAGCGAAAAUGAGUGUUUCUUAAUGGACAAGUCAAGGUAGUCCCUCUCUCUCGUCUUUUGGAGUGGGAGGGCUUGCACAAUUGGUGGCUGACUAGAUACUUUUUUUCCCCACUGUAUCUUCUGCUUGGAUAGUUCAAUCUGUGCCACUGACUUAAUCUGGCUUUAAUUCCAGUUUGUCUACAAAGUGAGAGGCCUUGUCCCGUGCAGCUCAGUUUGUAGAGCAUGGCGUUUGCAACGCCAGGGUUGUGGGUUCGAUUCCAACGGGGGGCCAGUGUGAAAAUAAAAUAAAAUGUAUGCACUCACUAACUGUAAGUCGCUCUGGAUAAGAGCGUCUGCUAAAUGACAAAAAAGUAAAAGUAAAAGUUUGUUUCAAUCCGUUUUCUUCAGUUUGAUGUCUAAUGAACACGUAAGACAGGGCCCUGGUAAAGCCCUUAAUAGUGACAAAGAAAGAGCAGCAUGACAACCAUGUAUUGUGUUUCCUUGUAUUUGUAAACUAUUGUGGUCCAGCUCUCUCCUUGUCAGACAUGUUAUAUUUGCUUUGUGAAAGGCGUGUGCUUUAUGCUGCUAUCUAUGUCUUUGGGAAGUGUUUCCGUUAGUCCAGGGCCUAUGUUAUCAGCAACUGGUCUGGUCUCGCUGUACUUUACUGCACAAGCUGAUUAAACAAACAUUACCUUGGAACUUAGAAUCUGUUUAUCGAGUCAUAUUCUAGAUGGUUAAAAAUGUACGUGAGCAAGACUGAGUGAAAGAGCAAACAGAAAGUCGCAUGAUGUUGAUCAUGAGUGUUUUACACAAUGUCAAUAAUAAUGUCCUUUUAUGAAAUCUUCAUGUCAUAUGGCAGGCGCUGGUAUACAGUGGCUUGCGAAAGUAUUCACCCCCUUGGCAUUUUUCCUAUUUUGUUGUCUUACAACCUGGAAUUAAAAUAGAUUUUUUGGGGGGGGUUGUAUCAUUUGAUUUACACAACAUGCCUACCACUUUGAAGAUGCAAAAUAUUUUAAGGGGUGAAACAAACAAGAAAUAUGACAAAAAAACAGAACUUGAGCGUGCAUAACUAUUCACCCCCCCCCCCCCCCCCCCCCCCAAAGUAAAUACUUUGUAGAGCCACCUUUUGCAGCAAUUACAGCUGCAAGUCUCUUGGGGUAUGUCUCUAUAAGCUUGGCACAUCUAGCCACUGGGAUAUUUGCCCAUUCUUCAAAGCAAAACUGCUCCAGCUCCUUCAAAUUGGAUGGGUUCCACUGGUGUACAGCAAUCUUUAAGUCAAACCACAGAUUCUCAAUUGGAUUGAGGUCUGGCCUUUGACUAGGCCAUUCCAAGACAUUUAAAUGUUUCCCCUUAAACCGCUCAAAUGUUGCUUUAGCAGUAUGCUUAGGGUCAUUGUCCUGCUGGAAGGUGAACUUCCAUCCCAGUCUCAAAUCUCUGGAAGACUGAAACAGGUUUCCCUCAAGAAUUUCCCUGUAUUUAGCGCCAUCCAGGUGUUGGGUUUGCGCCCGACAUAGUGUUUUUCUUGAUGGCCAAAAAGCUCAAUUUUAGUCUCAUCUGACCAGAGUACCUUCUUCCAUGUGUUUGGGGAGUCUCCCACAUGCCUUUUGGCGAACACCAAACGUGUUUGCUUAUUUUUUCUUUAAGCAAUGGAUUUUUUCUGGCCACUCUUCCGUAAAGCCCAGCUCUGUGGAGUGUACGGCUUAAAGUGGUCCUAUGGACAGAUACUCCAAUCUCCACUGUGGAGCUUUGCAGCUCCUUCAGGGUUAUCUUUGGUCUCUUUGUUGCCACUCUGAUUAAUGCCCUUCUUGCCUGGUCUGUGAGUUUUGGUGGGCGGCCCUCUCUUGCAGGUUUGUUGUGGUGCCAUAUUCUUUCCAUUUUUUAAUAACCCAACCCUGAUCUGUACUUCUCCACAACUUUGUCCCUGUUUGGAGAGCUCCUUGGUCUUCAUGGUGCAGCUUGCUUGGUGGUGCCCCUUGCUUAGUGGUGUUGCAGACUCUGGGGCCUUUCAGAACAGGUGUAUAUAUACUGAGAUCAUGUGACACUUAGAUUGCACACAGGUGGACUUUAUUUAACUAAAUAUGAGACUUCUGAAGGUAAUUGGUUGCACCAAAUCUUAUUUAGGGGCUUCAUAGCAAAGGGGGUGAAUACAUAUGCAUGCACCACUUUUCCGUUUUUUAUUUUGUAGAUUUCUUUUUAACAAGUUAUUUUUUUUCAUUUCACUUCACCAAUUUGGACUGUUUUGUGUAUGUCCAUUAUAUUAAAUCCACAUAAAAAUCCAUUUAAAUUACAGGUUGUAAUGCAACAAAAUAGGAAAAACUCCAAGGGGGAUGAAAUACUUUUGCAAGGCACUGUAGGCCUACAGACAGGUGUUCCAUGCAGUUAACCUAGAUGUUACUAGUGCUAGGGUGAAACCAGCAUCGCGAUACUCAUUAGUAUUGUGAAAAGGAAACUAAACCCAAAGCAGAUUUUAACUUCAGGAAAACAGCCCUAAUGUUGGACACAAACAUCAUUAUGUUGUCAUCCAGAGUCACAUGUAUUUAUUUUCCAAGCUUUAUCACACUAUUUUACAUACAGCAGGUUUUUAAAGGACCAAAGAGUUUGAUCUGCGUCGUGUUGUCAUUUUUGCCAUGGAAAAAAUAUUGUGAUACUGGUAUCGUCCCUGCCCUAGAUGUUACAUGAACAGAAAGCAUAUAGACUUGAGUAGGUCUGACUCACUCAGUGUAGAAGUAUAGUUAGAUUAGAGUACAGUAGGAUACAUCAGAAAGCAUAUAGGCCUGAUUAGGUCUGGGAGAGUGACCAUAUGAAGAUGUUUGAUGUAUUGACCGAGAGGUGAGGUAGGGAGCUAGGAGUGUCACGGAGCAGUAUUAGGGAUGUUGUGUAACGUGCAAUGUUGCUAUUAUUAGCCCUUAGACUAGAGCCGUGUGUUUGACUUGCUGUUUUUUCUCACAAUGCUCAGCCAGACUUGACUUAGUGUACAGGAAGAUGAAACUAACAGUGGAGACUGGAGGCUGUGUUACUGUUCUGUGAGUGGGAGCAUAUAAAGACUAACAAGAUUUGCAUGAUACAGUAGCUGUGUAGUACUACUGUAUCUGUGGAUAUAUAGUAUAUUGAUCAUGCUUAUAUGGUUAGUUGACAAAUAAUAAGAAGAAAUAGUUGUAGUGUUUGUAUAUGUUUCUGUGUUGUAGACACUGGUGUCUUAACAGUGUAUGUCUGUGUGUCUCUGUUGUAGACCGACACUGUGGUGUCUCUAACAGUGUGUGUCUGUGUCUCUUCACAGGACUCCUCUUGGGGCGUCUCUGGAUGAGCAGAGCAGCACUCAGUCCAAGGGUGAAUUUCCCUCCUCUACUAUAACACCAGUCAUAUGCUAUACAACUGUAACUCUCAAAUGGAAAAAGAGAAUGUGUGUUAGUAUAUCUGUGGAGAUGGUGUGUGGGUCAAGGGGGUGAUUUUUGAGUAUUCCGCAACUCACCUUCUCACCACACCUUGCAGCCCUAGUGAACUUUGGAGUGUACUGUAGCUGGCUCCUUUACACAUCCACCCACACACCAGUUACCAGUUGGUAGCGUUCUCCAACUCUGUCGCUCAGGUCAUCUUAUUGUCCUUCUAAAUCGAAGUAAGAAACAGAGCCAGGCACGAUACGAGUGUCCUGAGCUAAAAAAUAACAACAUUUGGAUUCCCUGCAUUUGCUUUAACGUCUUCCUGGUAAUGUGAAACUACAUGGGCAGCUGGUGCUCUUUGAUCAAUGGCUAUCUACAGUAGGUAACACUUACCAACCAGCCAUGAAAGUACUUGACGGUAAAUAUUUGUCCUAACCAACUGUAAAUAUUUGUCAUGGUUUGAAGCGUCUCUCUGUAGUAGGCUACUCUGUUUAAAAUGUGUUCAGUUAACCAUGCUCAUUCUGUUUUACAGGCAUGUGCAGGGUUUUGUUUGUGAAUAGUUAUUUAGUCUAUUGUAGGGUACAAGUGCUGUCUGAGGGCUUAAUGAAAGGUCUUCUCUGUACUUCACAGGAGUGAUGAAGAAUGGAUGCAGCUUUGAAGAUGACUUGUCUCUGGGAGCUGAGGGUGGGUGACUAGACUCUUGUGUGUCUCUCUCUGUGUGUCACUCUCUGUGUGUGUGUGUCUCUGUGUGUGUGUCUCUGUGUGUGUGUCUCUGUGUGUGUGUCUCUGUGUGUGUGUCUCUGUGUGUCACUAGAGCAAUAGGACCUAGGAUCACACCACUGCUACGGCAGUUUUACAAUGCUUAUGAGCUGUCUUGAGAGAGACUAGGGCUAAGUCCCAAAUGGCACCCUAAUCCCUAUAUAGUGCACUUCUGUCUGGGUCCUGGUCAAAAGUAGUGCUCUAUAUAGGCAAUAGGGUGCCAUUUGAGGCACGGCCUAGAAAUCUGUGUGGCCAAACAAUGAUGAGCUGGAAGCUUCUUGUUGGAGUGCUUUGGCUCUUUAGUUUUUAGUAAAGCUGCAUUAGUUCCAUGGGAGUACACCUUGCUGAGACUGCUCUUUACGAGCGGACGGGCACAUGACAAGGUUUCCCAGUCCAAAGGAAAGGAAAGGAGAGCGGUGUGUGAUCAGAUAGCGUAUCUAUCUCUCAUUUCACCCGCUGAGUGACCUGCCUGUUGGUGGAGGAGUGAAGGGGAGAGUGGAUCUAUCUCAGUUUAAACUGUCUCAGAUCUAAAUAGGAACAUACAUUACAUAAAUUAGUUUUAAUGUCCUCUGGCCCUGCUCUAUAGGUAUUCUCUACUCCCCCAUGAGAACUGUCUAGUCUGUUCCUCUCAACACUUCCCUCUUCACAUAGUUUUAGGCUUACCAUGUAUAGAGCAAUGUCCUGUUGUGUCACUUGCAGACCUGGGUUCAAAUAGUAUUUCAAAUCUUUCAAAUACUUGUAGCGUUUGCUUUAGCCGCCUGGAGUGCCAGAUGAGUUUGUGCUUUUGCUACAAUUCCAUUGGUUCCAUUGCGCCAAGCGAGCUCAAUCAAGCCAGCUAAAGUAUUUGAAAUGAUUUCAGUAGUAGUAUUUGAGCCCAGGUGUGGUCAUUUGCACCACGUUGUUCAUAGGAAGUGUUUUUGUGUUCGUCCCUUCGAAAUGUGGAUAGAGAGGACAGUUAUACUUGCUAAAUAGAUUAUUUGAUACAUACAAUCAGACCUGUAUGGAAUGGCGUCGAGGCUCAUUGAUGGUAGUGCAUGCUUGGUGCUGUCAAAGCUGUGACUAAACUACAUAUUUCUCAUUCUUCCAUUGAACAGCUGUAGUGAUGUAUGCACCCUAAUGUGCUACUGUUUGUUGUUGGUCUCUUUGAGAGAUGGGGUCAGUCAGGUUUUGUACUUGCCCGGAUGGUUGCACACCACACAUUACUAUUGUGUUUGUGCAGACCAGAGACGGUGGGUGGUAGCUAGUGUGUUGUGUUGGGGUUGGCUCCUGUUAUGGUCUGUUCUGACCUGCUUAGUCUCAGGGUGCGUCCCAAAUGGCACCCUAUUCCCUAUAUAGGUGUCUGGGCAAAACUAGUGCACUAUGUAGGGAAUAGGGUGCCAUUUGGGACGUACAACACAGUGAAGCAAAGCAAAGGGACCUAGUCAUACCUGAGAUCAGUCUUCCAUUGUGUCCAUGUCAUGCUACAAGUCUCAACAGGCACCUGUAUGAGGGUCCUCCUUCCUUCUGGCUCCAAUCCACUCGUUCAGUGAGUGGCAACAACUUACUGUUAACAGGCUAACACGCACAACAAUAGUCAUUCAAUGGAAAAGCAUACUUUGAUGAUUAUCCUGCUCUUUGAGGCUGAAGAACCAGUUAGGCUGAUUGAGUUUGUUCAGUUUCAGGCAGUUGACAGACAAUGUGUACUCUCUGGUCUCUGUCUUCACCUGACCUGGGUUCAAGUACUAUUAGAAAUCGUUUAAAUACUUUCAGCGUGUGAUCUAGCCUGCCUGGAGUGCCAGAUGGGCGGGGUUUACAGUUGUGGGGACGAUUCUAUUGGUCCAUCAAGCCAAGCAAGCUCAACCAAGCACAAAUAAAGUAUUUGAAAUGAUUUUGAAUAGUGUUUGAUCCCAGCUCUGGUCUCCACACUAAGGCUUCUGGGGAUUGCCUAGUCCUCAGUUUGCAUUCUUUGUGUCACUAAGAUGACCUGGAAGAAGCCAUCAGACUGAGAGCAGGAUUUUCUCCUGACAAAUGAGGCCAGUCCAAACUUCAGGAGGACUCUCUCUGUCUCUACUGUACUCAAACCAUAAUUCUGUCAUUAUGUUCCUCGCUGUCUGAGGCUUUAGUUAUUUUCUGCAAAAGCAAGUCAUUCUGUUGUCCUUAAUCGCAAAUCCUUGAUUUUCUUUUUUACAAAGGUAAACAUUUGAUGCUUUUAUAGCCGUAUUUUCGACAGUGUAAAUAGAUUGAUUUUGACAGAUGGACUUUGAAGAGAAAUGAGGGAAUCAGCAAUUACUGUAUAUAGUCAGUUUACCAAAGCACCUGUAUUCAACUCUAUCUUCCUCCUUCCCCCCUCUUUCCCAUCUUUCCUUCUCCCUCCCCUCUCUCUCUUUCUCUUUAACCUCCCUGCAGCCAACCACCUUCAGCCCAACAGUGCCAAAGCAGAGACACCCUGGUAAGUGAGACUGUGAGACCCCCCUUUAUGCCAUUGGCCACUCCUCACCCCCUCAGUCCUCACCCCCUCAGUUCAUUCUUAUGCAGUAGUCUUACUGCCUGUGGCUGUGGUGUGACUAGUGUACUGAUCACUGCAUGCCCACUCUGCUCUUCAGCUAUGGAAUGCCUGCGAAGGACAAGAGGAGCCAGUUCCGGCAGAAAGGCAGGAGUAUGAACUCAACAGGAUCAGGGAAGAGCAGCACCACUGUGUCCAGGUGAGCAGACAGGUAGACAGGCCCUGAGCCAAGAGCUGUGGAUUGGGGAUGACAAUCCCUGUAACUGGGAAAUUUCAGGUCAGGUCCCAAGAAAGACCGAACAGCAGACAUAUAUAAUAGAUCAAGUUUAAUACAAUAUUGGGGCUGACGUUAGCCAAAAUGUUCUGAGUUUGAGGUACUCUGUUUAAGCUCAGGUUUUUCAUUUGACUUAACCACACUAGCUACAUAAUUUGCUGUAUAAUGCCUUUAUGUAUGCUUUCGUACUUGGAUACCUGUAAUACUUAGCUAUGCGUUUGUUUGUGUGUUCUAUUCUAUCCAGUGUGUCUGAGUUGUUGGACCUGUAUGAAGAGGAUCCAGAAGAGAUCCUGUAUAAUCUGGGGUUCGGCCAGGAGGAGCCGGACAUCGCCUCUAAGAUCCCCCCGCGCUUCUUCAACAGCUCCUCCGGCGCUAAGGGCAUUGACAUCAAGGUCUAUCUGGGAGCACAGCUACAACGCAUGGAGAUGGAGAACCCCAACUAUGCCCUGACAAGUACAAUCUUUCUUUACCUCACAUUUUUUUGUACGCUUGAUCUCUUCCUCUCUUUCUGUCGGUUUCUCUUGCGUCGUCUCUUUCUUUGUCUCUCGUUUUCGUUCUCUUGCUUUCUUUCUGUCUCUUUUUUUCCCUUCCCCUCUUUCUUCGAGCUGUGAAAACACUGUAUGGCCUGAAAACACUGAUCAUAUUGCUGUUCGCUGCCAUAAAAUGGUCCCGACAGACAACCAUGUCCUGGCAUGUAUGUACAUGCAGACCAACAGGUAGUGAUGAAGGAAUAUGGAAAUAAUUAGUUGUGGUGAAGAGUGUCAUCUGGAGGGCGACGCAGCGGGGGGAUGGGUAUGGUGGUGUGGUGGUGAUGGUAGGUGGUGUAAUGCAUGAUGGUGGUAGGGUUGGGGUGGGGUGGGUUAUGGUUGGAAUGGAUUGUUGGGAUGUGGUGGUGAGUUGGGGAUAGUGAUGGGGGAAAAAUGUAUACGGUUACAUAUCGCAAUAUUAUUUUGGACGAUAAUAUAUCAAUACUUUGACUCCCAAGUAUCGAUUUGUAAUUUUAAAAAACUACAAUUUCUAGGUAGCAUUAGCUAGUGCUAGUCUGCUGUACCUACGCCAAAACUCUGGUAUUUUUUAUCCUGCAGCUUGUUCUCCACCUUUUUUAAAGAGUGAUCAAAAAUGUUUUCGGCACUUUUUUCCAUGACUGAUCAAAACUUUCUCAGACCUAUAGUGAGCAAUAUGUUUGGAACAUCAAAUCGCAAUAAAAUCGUAGUAUCGAAUAGCAUUACAUAUAGAAUCGAGAAAAGCAACACGUAUCGUAUCGGCACCUAAGUAUGGUGAUAAUAUCGUAUAGUGAGGUCCCUGGCAAUUCCCAGCCCUAGUUACAUGUAGGGGUAGUCUGGUAGCUUUGUAGGUGGUGUAAUAAUGAAUGGCACACCAUCAGUCAAUGGGUUCCGUUCCCACCGAGCCAUUGCAUUGUGGGUAGAUUUCUUGUUCUUCUCUUCUUCCUUUUGGCAGAUUUAGCUUCUGUCUGCCAAACAAGUACAUGUAGAUCUGGGGGCCUGGGCUGGAAGCUGAGAUGGAGAGAGUGAGGGCCCAUUCCAGUGCAGCUGGGUGAACAGAGCCGCAGCACAAGGAAGCCUUUGUCUUCUAUUGGGCAAACAGUGUGGUGAGCAGAGCGGCAGUGAGAGAGACAGGGUGCACCAAAGUAGUGCACUAUAUAGGGAAUAGGGUGCCAUUUAGCACACCCCCUGAGAGAGAUGGAUAGGAGGACCUGAUUCUUCUCUGUAUUCUGCUCACAUCGGGCCUCACACACAUUGGGCCUUGGUCUGUUCAGUCUGCCAGAGCACACAGCACCAUGCACCGACCGCUUUACUCUUUAUUAGCCCAUAUUAGCAUAACUCUUGCUGUCGGAGACCGAGCUGUGUGUGUGUGAGUGUGAGUGUGUGUGUGUGUGUGUGUGUGAGUGAGAGAUCUGAGUGGGGGACAAAGCAGCCGCUCUGCAGCCUGGCUGACUAGCCAGAGAGGAACAGGAGGGGGACAGAGAGGGAGUGGCCUCAGCCUUGUAACAGCACUCUUUUGUGUUGUCUUUAAACUGUUGGACUGAGGCCCAGUAAGCACUGUUGUUGUAGCAGCUCUCGAGUCAGUUUCAUCUUCAUCUGGUCUAGAUUAGAUGUUAAAAGGGGGGAUGAGUAUCUGUCUCUUCAAUCCCUUUUGAAGUUUCACCCCUCCUUUAAGUUAAUGUUUAGGAGUUUUUGUCUACCUUUUGAGUUGUUGUUGAGCUGCAGCAGCCCCACCACUAACUGGAGGUCCUGCUCUUUGUUUCAUAACAGUGGACUGACUUGACUUAAAGCACACUGAGCACAGGCAACUUUGCAGGGAUUUAGGAGUCGGAACUUCUAAGGGUUCUAGGGAUCAUAGAUCAGUGAGCAAGGUUCAGGCUCUGGAAUUUAGAAUUUCCAUGCUGCUGUCUGUUUCAGUGAUGUUCCAGAAUGUACUGCAGUUAGUAGCUCAAAGCCCUGGAACAGCUGUGCAGCCCUUCCCUCCUCCUCUUCAAUGUCAUGUUGAUUUUUCUUAUGUAAGUCCUGUUUUCUCUUCCUGAGAGCGUGCCUGGGGUUCUGACUGUGAGCAGCUAAAAGGGAUGUGUCGCUCUCAUAAUAAAUAUAAAGGCCUUGUGAAGUUUUCACUUCCUAUAUCUGUCUUCUUCUGUGGUCUUAUUCUGCGGAGUCAGCUGUGGUCAGGAAUCAGGAAGAGACUGGGUUCUGGGCUCAGAGAGAUAAUGGCCAGAGGAAGUAUUGGUUACUGACUUGUAGAAGUAUAUUAAUCGCUUACAUGCAUGUGGAGGGGAUACAUAUCAUGGUGACUGACGUACUUAGUCACUCGGAAUGUUGUGUUAUGUCAUUUAUGACACUGUAAAAGUGGGUAGGUUUAUUCUCUUGAAUGUCACUGCGAUGAAAGAUCAUGGGAAUUAUGGUUGCCCUGUGACAUGCCUAUCUGUGCCCAUGGAGUUGGUCUUAACGGCAGGAUGCAGCUUUUGCUUUCAUCAUCUUCCAAACUAACUACACCCAUGAUGAUGGCUGAAUCUGCUGCUAUAAGAGGGGAAAUAUUCCCAGGCGUUCUGGGGACUAGCUAGCUAGAGCCUUUGGUCAAAAGACUCAGCAGGCCAUUGUUGCUAUUUUCUCAUUCUUAGUUUCCUCUUUAUCAAGUUUAUCAAGUCUUAUUCUUUCCCCAAAGGUUGUGUUUUAAUCCUAGUUUCCUCUCUUUCUUUCCCCCCAAAGGUCGUUUCCGUCAGAUCGAGGUCCUGACCACUGUGGCGAACGAGUUCUUCCAUCUCUACUCCCAGGUCUCCGGCCAGUCCGUCCAGAAGAUCUGCAGCCUGGAUGGGGAACCCCUCACCAUUGUCCCUCCUUCUCCUCUGAAGAGGAACAACUCAGCCCUGAACGCAGCCAAGAUCCUGAAGAAGACGAUCACUAAACACAACCUGCUGGGUGGGUUGGGGGAGGGGGGCUCUCCUAAAAUCACAGCCCUGUCUACUACAGAGAAACUGGAAGACCAUGUGAAUCCAGGUACAGGGGACAGCGCCGUCAUAACUGACUCCGACCACAAGGGUGAGCUCAAGCAGAAGGCCUUUAGGAAGAAGGACUCUCCAUCUCUAGCCACGGUGACUGAGGAGAGCCAAUCUGGAGGCAGCACUGAGGCCCCCCUGAGCGUCAACGGAGACCACCCUGGAGUGAAUGGAGACCACCCUGGAGUGAAUGGAGAUGGCCAAGCAUUGACCCAGGAGGGUGAGUUGAGCCUGUCCAACGAGGCCGACUUGGAGAAAGAGCACCAGGACAUCCAACUGAAGGGACAGCGAGCAAUCACAUCAACGCCAGACAAGGAACCGAACUACAGCCUGCUGCCCAACCCUCACAUCGCCCACCUCCGCACACAGACCAAGGACUCCUUUGAGAUGGAAGAGGUAGGGCCAUACUCACACAAGGGUUGAGGUGGGGUUCAAUUAUUGGCUUAGUUGUACUGUUCUCCUGCUCUUCCAGUUCAGUAUAAGUUUUGACUGCACAAAGAAGGUUGGGGAGAGGGGGUUCAAUUCUAGGCUUAGCAGUAUUGUCCUCCCAGUUUGAGAUGGAGGUAGGAUCGUCCGCACAAACACAGGGUUGAGGAGAGUGGUUACAUUCUUGGCUGAGCUUAGUUAUACUGCCCUCUCAGUUCAAUGGAAGUUUUGUUUUGUUUUGUUUGGGGUUGCUUACAGGGUUUGAGAAGGGGGUUCAAUUCUGAUCGUAGUACUGCCCUCCGUUCAAUACAAAGUAGUGUUUUCUUAGCUUUCAUCUCUUGGUUCUCAGACUGGUGAGUUUCCCACAAUCCUGGUUUUAGCUGUCCUAGCAGAUAUUGUGAGAAAAGCGAAGGACACGAACUCCAGCUUAUAAAUAAGUUAGAACUGUAAGAGAGAGCAUAUGGAGGACCCUGUAGGGUAAGUUAUUAUUGUGGCUUGAUUGGCAGUUUUCCCCCUUCCUCUCUCCAGAUCUUACAGAACAGGGUUGUUAUAGUUACGGUAACUGGAAGGGGGUGUAUGUAUCAGAAGUGUGUCAGUGUAGAAAUGCCCUUAGGGGGAAAAAAGGCACAGCUCACUCUUCAAGUUUAAAAUAUGACUUGUUUAAAAUCAUUGCGACCUGUUGGAAUUCAUCUAAAAAAUAAUAGUGUAGAAAUUGCCCCAAAGUUUUUUUCUAUCUUUGUUUUCUUUCUGUCUCUGUCACUGUGUCUCUGUCUAUCGUUCAGGUUCAGAGUAAUGAGGAUGAGGCUGGCACACACAGCAGCUCUAGAGCUGGCAGAGGUGAGUCUGGCCUGCAUAUUAUAUGCCUUGUAACACAGUAUAGAGGCUCAUACAUGCUUAUAACAAAUCAUAAAGCAUUAUACCUUUUUAACUGGAUGUAAAGUGUUACUGACCUUUCCAUAGUGGAUAUCCACUAAUAUGAAAAAUCACGUUAUUACAUUAAAAAAAAUAUGUUCUCUGCUUCGUCAGUAGAAUUAGUUAACUUGUCAUAAUCACCCAUCUCUCAAAUAUUCAAUAACAUUUUGUGACUUAUGGCAGGUAAUUAAAUACCUAAGGUAAUUUUCUAACUUGAGUGUACUCUGAUGAAAUGUUCCAUAGUGGCCUUUUAGACUAAAAAAGCCUUAUAGAAAAAAAGACACUAUCCUGUCCAGUUUUGUCUACCGAUAACUAAUUGUAGCAUAAGUUUUAGAUUAGUGAAGUCAGGGAAGAAGAGGGCUGAUAUUUAGGGAUGCAUCUUGAGUAUGGUGAUUGAAUUAUGUUUAAUUUAGCUUUUAUUUCUAAGAACAUUGGUACUUAGAACACAUGGACCCAUGACAAUCCAUUAAAAGUGAGUGACCCAUCUAAAACAGAGGGCCGUUUGUAGAGAAAAACCUUGUAUAACAACUAAGCAUAUUUCUUUUCCGACUGACCAUGAUAAUCUAUUAGAACAUAGAGCCUCAGGGGUGUGCUUUUUAGGGAAUCACUAUACUCCAGACCACACUAUUUACCAAGCGUUUUCAUCUAUAUUUUUUGUAGCUGUCUAUUCACCACCACAAACCGAUGCUGGCACUAAGACCGCAUUCAACGAGCUGUAUGCCAUAAGCAAACAAGACAAUGCUCAUCCAGAGGCGGCGCGCCUAGUGGCCGGGGACUUUAAUGCAGGGAAACUUAAAUCAAUUUUACCUAAUUUCUACCAGCAUGUGCAACCAGAGGGGAAAUAAAAAUCUAGACCACCUUUACUCCACACACAGAGAUGCGUACAAAGCUCUCCCUCGCCCUCCAUUUGGCAAAUCUGACCAUAAUUCUAUCCUCCUUAUUCCUGCUUACAAGCAAAAACUAAAGCAGGAAGUACCAGUGACUCGCUCAAUACGGAAGUGGUCAGAUGACGCAGAUGCUAAGCUACAGGACUGUUUUGCUAGCACAGACUGGAAUAUGUUCCGGGAUUCAUCCGAUGGCAUUGAGGAGUACACCACCUCAGUCACCGGCUUCAUCAAUAAGUGCAUCGAUGAUGUCAUCCCCACAGUGACCGUACGUACAUACCCCAACCAGAAGCCAUGAAUUACUGGCAACAUCCGCACUGAGCUACAGGGUAGAGCUACCGCUUUCAAGGAGUGGGACUCUAACCCGGACGCUUAUAAGAAAUCCCGCUAUGCCUUCCGACGAACCAUCAAACAGGCAAAGAGUCAAUACAGGACUAAGAUUGAAUCCUACUACACUGGCUUUGACGCUCGUCGGAUGUGGCAGGGCUUGCAAACUGUUACAGACUACAAAGGGAAGCCCAGCUGCGAGCUGCCCAGUGACACGAGCCUACCAGACGAGCUAAAUGACUUCUAUGCGCACUUCAAGGCAAGCAACACUGAAGCAUGCAUGAGAGCACCAGCUGUUCCUGAUGACUCUGUGAUCACACUCGCCGUAGCCGAUGUGAGUAAGACCUUUUAAACAGGUCAACAUUCACAAGGCCGCAGGGCCAGACGGAUUACCAGGACUUGUACUCCGAGCAUGCGGUGACCAAUUGGCAAGUGUCUUCACUGACAUUUUCAACCUGUCCCUGGCUGAGUCUAAUACCUACAUGUUUCAAGCAGACCACCAUAGUCCCUGUGCCCAAGAACACCAAGGUAAUCUGCCUAAAUGACUACCGACCCGUAGUACUCACAUCUGUAGCCAUGAAGUGCUUUGAAAGGCUGGUCAUGGAUCAACACCAUUAUCCCAGAAACCCUAGACCCACUCCAAUUUGCAUACCACCCCAACAGAUCCACAGAUGAUGCAAUCUCUAUUGUACUCAACACUGCCCUUUCCCACCUGGACAAAAGGAACACCUACGUGAGAUACAGUUCAGCGUUCAACUCCAUAGUGCCCUUAACGCUCAUCACUAAGCUAAGGACCCUGGGACUAAACACCUCUGACUGUUCUCUCUGCUACCGCACGGCAAGCGGUACUGGAGCGCCAAGUCUAGGUCCAAAAGGCUUCUGAACAGCUUCUACGCCAAAAGAAGCCAUAUGACUGCUGAACAGCUAAUCAAAUGGCUACCCGGACUAUUUGCAUUGACCCCCUCCCCUGCUGCUACUUGCUGUUUAUUAUCUAUGCAUAGUCACUUUACCCCUACAUACAGGUACAUAUUACCUCAAUUACCUAGACUAACCUGUACCCCCGCACAUUGACUCGGUACCGGUACCCCCUUUUAUAUAGCCUCGUUAUUGUUAUUUUAUUGUUGCUGUUUUUGUUUGUUUUUUUAACUUUAGUUUAUUUAGUAAAUAUUUUCUUAACUCUUAUUUUUCGUAACUGCGUUGUUGGUUAAGGGCUUGUAAGUAAGCAUUUCAAGGUAAGGUCUACUACACCUGUUGUAUUCGGCGCAUGUGACAUAAGAUUUGAUUUGACAUGGAGCUGAUCAAGUCUGCCCUCUGGUGGGGAACUUUUUCAAAUUUGUGUAUAAUACAAGUUUUAUAGAGGAAAGUGUGUUAUCUCACUGUGUUGCAAAGAUACUGAUGGAACACAUGUUUGACUCUACAAUGUGAAAUGUUUAAUUAUUUGUUUUGUUUAAACCCAGAUUGAUGGUCCUUCUUACACUCUGACAUCUUCCUCUCUCUGUCUUUCUCUCUCACUUUCUGUCUCUCUCCCUCUGUCCAUUACAGAUCAACUACUAAGAACAGGCAGCCAGCAGUCAGACAGUAGUGGCUUUGCAGAGGACCCUUCUACUGACAGCUCAGCUAACUAUCUAAAGGUACAGGAGAGCUCUGACAGCUGUGACAGUGAGACCACAGUGACGUCCCACGCUGGGGAGAUGACCACUCCUCUAGCCCUGGAACACCCUGCCUUUGAGAGGCUGCAUGGGGAGGAUGAGCAGGAGGAGGAGGUGGCGCAGACGCCCUCCGUCCCACAGAAACACCUCAUGGAGGACGGGAGGAGGAGCAGUAGCCCUAAUGGAGCAGAGGAGCAACAGGAGGUGCCACAGUACACCACCCAUCAGUUACCUAAACAAGGAGACCGAGAGGUAGCCCAAGACCAGAAGCAUAGCACUGCUGAGGAAGCUGCUUCUGUUCCUGCCUCUGAGACUCCUCAGUCAACUCCUGAGACUUACCGUACUGCUGAGACUAACGUAGAGGCUGAUCCUGGUUCUACAGAAGACCAUGGCUCCGUCCCGGCCCCAGACUGCAGCUCCUCUGGUGCCCCAGCCAGGGAGGGUGUGCCUGACAGGGUGGAGAUGGAAGCCAGACCACCCAGCCCUAGCCCCAGCUGCCCUAGCCUAGGUGCCUCAGCCAGAGUCCAAGGGGCCCUUCACAGGGCCCAGCAGAGGGCCUCGUCCUCAGGCCUCCAGGGUCACCGGAUGGAGGGGAAGUUGACAGCCAGGGAUCUGUUCAGGAGAAGAGCCCCCCUGACGAGGUCCCGAUCCCUGCCUACCUCCCUCCUCAGCCCCUCCCGUGUGGUCUCCUCUGUCAGGAUCCAGUUUGGCCAGGGUGCAGUCAGGCACUGCACCCAGCCAGCCUUCUCCUACCGAUACACCCCAGAAGAGGAAGAGGAGGAGGAGGAGGAGGGGUCCAUUGUGGAAGAGGAGGAGGUUGUGGAGGAUGAGGGUCAGAGGAGAGACAGCUGUCGCUCUACCUUGAUUAUCAACAGAGGGACCGAGCUAUCACAUGGCCCCGGGCUACAAAGAGAUGGUGAGCUGAGAAAUCUUCAAGGCAGGGUGCCCCCUUACCCCCUGGCCAUCCCUCGCCACCUGACCCGCUCAACCAUCUCACUGCACAGCCACAGCCCCCCUCCUGAGUGGGGAGAGAGGCCUCUGGGGGAGCAUCACCGUGCCUGGAGCACCUGUAGCGUACCUAACCUCACCCAACGUAACCUGGCCCACUUCAAUAACCCUAACCUCACUCAGCACAGCAACCCUAACUCCAACCUAACACAGCACUACCUAGCCCAACACAAUAAACCUAUCCUUACUCAACACAACCUUGCUCAGCACAACACCCCUAACCCAGCCCAGUACAACCUUUCUCUGCCCCAUGGCAGUGUCCCCAACCUGUUCCAGUAUCACCCCUCCACCCACCACCACCACACCCUCCAUAGCCUCCCUACCCAUCCAUACGGUAGUGUACCUAACCUUCCCCUGCACACAGCUCCCACCUUACCCCAUCAUAUGGCCCCUAACCGUCCUCCCUAUGGUGCUCCUUACACUAACAACAUGGGUAACACCCUUCCACACAACUUCCCACAUGGCACACACUUCCCCUAUUCCCCGUACAGCUCCUCCUGUAACACCCCGCCCCAUAGUGCCCCCUUCAGUUCAACUUACCAUAACUACAACGGUAACCCCUAUAGUGGGUCCUACGACGACCUACACAGCAACAAUCCUUAUACUGCUCAUAGUGCUUACUCGAACCCGUCACACACACCUUCCAACCUGCCUCCACAUCUCUCUACUGCCCCCUAUGGAGGACCAUACAGUACUCCAUACUUGGGCCACCACCCUCCAAUCCCCUACCCCCAUGACCCUAUGGCUACAGCCUCCCGUCUUCCCCCAGUCCUGUCUACCACUGAGAUGCAACUGAGAAGGGUCCUUCACGACAUCAGAGGAACUGUGCAGAACUUAGCUCAGGUGAGACAAAAUAACCACAAAUGAUAGAGGUGCUAUACAACUUUUUGCAAGACUCUUUGCAGUUUUAACUAGUCUCUUAGUUUACUUUCUGACAUGAGCCCUAUAAUGAUUAAGCUUCUCCUGUUUCACUUUCCAUCCCACCCAUAAUGCAAACAGACGUUUGCAACACAGUUUGUUCAUCAGUGACUAAGUAUUUUAUCUGUGGUUUCUCUGCCCUCAAGAAUUCAUCAGAACGUGGAGCAGACACUCCCUCAGACGUGUUCAACCCACAGAGACCUGCCCAGCCACUGUUUGAGGUAUACACUCACCUGAACUGCCACUCUUAAACAAAUUAAAUGAAUGAUUACCAAGACAAAUAUCUGUGUCUCUGUGACUAUAGACAAUAAAGUAAUCUUCUUCUGCAUCCCCUCAGACUUCACUCCAGGAGCUGCAGGCUAAGAGGAGGAGUCUAAAUGUGUUCCGGACCCAGAUGAUGGAUCUGGAACUGUCCCUGAUUAAACAACAGGCGUUAGUCUACCAGCACCUCAGUCACGACGAGAGGUAGGCUAGAGGCCCUCACGCUGGCGAGGACCCGGAUGUUGAGGUAGUCUGUGAUAGGCAGACAGGCAGACAGUGUUAACAGUGGUCUCUCUGUUUGUGGUUGCCAGGCGGGAGGCGGAGCAGCUGCAGGGUCUACGGUCUGAAGUGAGACAGGAGCUGCAGGAACUAGAGCUCCAGCUGGAGGAUCGGCUGCUGACCCUGAACGAACAGCUCCGCUCUGCCAGCCACCACAGCCUCUACCGCCACCGCAUGGUCAGUACCUGGAACUACAUCUGGAAACGCAGACAAACACACACACACAGACGGAUAUCAUCUUUCUCUCGUGACUCCUAAACCUGUUUGAUAAAUGGUUUGUCAUGACUCCGUUUGCCCGUGGCACCAGUUCUGUGUUCUGCUCAUAUUACAUGACAUCAGGCUACAUGUACGUCACUACUCUUGUGUUUGUAGUUUAGCCACCUAUCAUCACCGACCCCUCCUCUCCUGUAAUGUAACAUUAGUAUUGUCGAUAUUUCUCUCUCUUUUCUCCUGUAGGGUAUGAUGAGAGGUCACAGCAUGGACAGCCUGUCUAACAGUUCUGCUCUGAGAGCUAUGGAGCCGGUAAGUACCUGCAUUGACUCUGGGCUGUUCUUUUCUAGGUCAUUCCUCUUGAAAAGGAAUGUCUGUUCUAGUUAUUCUAAUUGUAUGGUUCUACUAUUGUUAGUCCCGUGUAGCUCAGUUGGUAGAGCAUGGCGCUUGCAACGCCAGGGUUGUGGGUUCGUUUCCCACGGGGGACCAGUCUGAAAAUGUAUGCACUCACUAACGCUCUGGAUAAGAGCGUCUGCUAAAUGACUAAAAUGUAAAAUGUUACACUUCUCUUUCCUCACUGUGUGACAGGUAUGUUGUGGUUUGUGUGGUUUCUCCCUCCAGAUGUCGGACCUGCUGAGGGAGCAGCUGUACCUGCAGACAGAGCUGGGCUACGAGGGCGGGGCAGAGAGCAGAGCUAGCAUGGCCCCCACCCCCAGCUCAGGCCGCUCCUCCAGGUCAGCUAGUCCAAUGAUGUCCUCUGGAUGUCACCCUGGCCCCUCCCACACCCCGGAGCUGUCCCUCCCAGGUCCCCAGAAGACGGGGAUGUACCGGGCUUCCGUCUCCCUCACCCCGGCACCCCCUCCACGGCCUGGUGCUGCCACAGGGGUCCCCCAGUCCUCAGACCAGGCACUGCCAGUGCAAGGUCCUGAAGACAGAGCUGGAGGAGAGGAGGUUGUUGGAGGAGGGAGAGUAGCUGUAGACCCCCACCUACUGGAGGAGAGUGGCAGAGAGAGAGGAGGAGGACUAGGAGGAGGAAGAGCAGACAACCCCCAUCUACAGCAGCUCAUCAAGGAGGUUAGUAGAGAACAUUAAGAAGUGUCCUUAGCUGAACUUCCCAAAUUGACCUUGACAAUAUUUGUUUGAAGUUGAAUAGGGAAUGCCAAUAUUGCCCAAAUGCCCAAGACAUGUUUUAUUAUGUCCUUGGCUGAUAUGGAUAGAAACGUCAUGUUUUCUGCUGACAGACGAGGUGAUUACGUAGCUAUUGACAGACUGUUCCGCUCAUGAAAAAUAAUUCACUGGUCUGAUUUAAGAGCUUGGCAGGGGACAAAUGGAGCACAUUUUGAAGGUCCAAAAGGAAACUUGGAACCCAUUAGGAACAUUUGAAUCCUGUUGGCUACGUCUUAGGACUACAUCUUAGCCAUGUGGGCUGAUGUCGCUGUCUGGCACGGUCCCAGUACUUCUGAGGGAUGAGAGAUGUUCUUUCUCUGUUUGACACCUCUUUCUGUUCCUAGUAUUCAGUGAGGUGAAACUUUCAGAACAUUGCAGAUAGAAAUGUAAUAAAUAGCGCAGUGUUCCAUUACAUCCGUACCUUCCGGUGGUUUCCGAGCUGGUCAUGGGUGCACCCCAGCCACACUCAAGGUCCUAAACGAUAUUAUAACCACGAUCGAUAAUAGACAGUACUGUGCAGCCGUCUUCAUCGACCUGGCCAAGGCUUUCGACUCUGUCAACCACCGCAUUCUUAUUGGCAGACUAAAUAGCCUUGGUUUCUCAAAUGACUGCCUCGCCUGGUUCACCAACUACUUCUCAGAUAGAGUUCAAUGUGUCAAAUCGGAGGGCCUGUUGUCUGGACCUAUGGCAGUCUCUAUGGGGGUGCCACAGGGUUUAAUUCUUGGGCCGACUCUUUUCUCCGUGUAUAUCAAUGAUGUCGCUCUUGCUGCUGGUGACUCUCAGAUCCACCUCUACGCAGACGACACCAUUUUGUAUACAUCUGGCCCUUCAUUGGACACUGUGUUAACAAACCUCCAAACGAGCUUCAAUACCAUACAACACUCCUUCAGUAGCCUCCAACUGCUCUUAAACACUAGUAAAACUAAAUGCAUGCUCUUCAAUCGAACGCUGCUCGGUCCCCCCCACUACUCUCGACGGGUCUGACCUAGAGUAUGUGGACAACUACAAAUACCUAGGUGUCUGGUUAGACUGUAAACUCUCCUUCCAGACUCACAUAAAGAAUCUCCAAUCCAAAGUAAAAUCUAGAAUCGGCUUCCUAUUUCGCAACAAAGCCUCCUUCACUCAUGCUGCCAAACAUGCCCUCGUAAAACUGACUAUCCUACCGAUCCUUGACUUCGGCGACGUCAUUUACAAAAUAGCCUCCAACACUCUAAUCAGCAAAUUGGAUGUAGUCUAUCACAGUGCCAUCCGUUUUGUCACCAAAGCCCCAUAUACUACCCACCACUGUGACCUGUACGCUCUUGUUGGCUGGUCCUCACUACAUAUUCGUCGCCAAACCCACUGGCUCCAGGCCAUCUAUAAAUCACUGCUAGGCAAAUCCCUGCCUUAUCUUAGCUCAUUGGUCACCAUAGCAACACCCACCCGUAGUAUGCGCUCCAGCAGGUAUAUCUCACUGGUCAUCCCCAAAGCCAACAACUCCUUUGGCCGCCAUUCCUUCCAGUUCUCUGCUGCCAAUGACUGGAACGAAUUGCAAAAAUCUCUGAAGCUGGAGACUCUUAUUUCCCUCACUAACUUUAAGCAUCAGUUGUCAGAGCACCUUACCGAUCACUGCACCUGUACACAGCCCAUCUGUAAUUAGCCCGCCCAACUACCUCAUCCCCAUAUUGUUAUUUAUUUUGCUCAUUUGCACCCCAGUAUCUCUAUUUGCACAUAAUCUCUUGCACAUCUAUCAUUCCAGUGUUAAUACUAAUUGUAAUUAUUUUGCACUAUAGCCUAUUUAUUGCCUUACCUCCAUAACUUGCUACAUUUGCACACACUGUAUAUAUAUUUUCUGUUGUAUUUUUGACUUUAUGUUUUGUUUACCCCAUAUGUAACUCUGUUGUUUUUAUCGCUUUGCUUUGCUUUAUCUUGGCCAGGUCACAGUUGUAAAUGAGAACUUGUUCUCAACUGGCUUACCCGGUUAAAUAAAGGUUAAAUAAAAACUUUUUAAAAAAUUGUUUGUUAAUAUAUCGAACCUACAGGAAAUUGACUUUUCUCUAGUUUCCUUGAAUUGUAUUUUGAGUGAACAUAGUAUUUGUGUGUUUGAACAUCGUUCCGUCUCUGUACCUUCUCUCCCCACUUUAGAUUAAAGAGAGUCUAGCUGAUGAGAUCCGACAGGAGAUAGUCAACGAGCUCCUAGCUGCCGUAUCUCCACGACGAUCACCUGUGUCGACCAGAGAAUAUCCCCUGUGAACAUGACGACAGGUCCUAUAUCAUUAAUUCAUUAGUUGUAUAAAUCGGUCCUUCGAGCCGGAUCGACCUGUUCUGAUUCAACCUAUAGCCCUUGGCUGGUGUCUCUAUUUCUAUAAGGAUGUUGUUGUUUUCCCCUGCAGUUGAACACUGAUGAGGCCUGGUGAAGUCUACCCAAACUGAACACUGGUGAAGCCAUGCACUGAACAGCCCAAAAACCCCUUAACACUGUUUCUACUAUUUCCAGAGAUAAUGGCAGAUACGUUAACACUGUGUUUCUACCAUAGAAAUCUAAUAAUAUUUUUAUGGUUUCUACUUCAGAGUGUGACGGUGGCUGGUGCCUUAACACCCGUAUGCCUGGUGACCUGGGAGACACAUUAUGCUGUAUAUUUGCUUUUAUAGUGAACUCUUCUGUCUUAACGGUCCUAUUUCAAACACAGAAUGCUACUUUGUGUUUAUUUAGCUGUAGACUGUAAUUAUCUGUUGUAAAAAAAAAACAGGGGGGAAGGGGCAUGGGAACGUUAACCCAAAAUGAAAUAAUUUAGACAUGUAGAAAUGUGUUUAAGGUUAAUUCUAUGACUUUUUUCCAAUUCCACCCUGGUUGCCUGUGACGUUAUGUUACGUUAGGCCUAUGCUAUGAUCCUGACAUUGUGUAUGGGUUGUAUUUAAGCAUGUAGAUGUGGGUCAGAGUGCAUGUCUUGUUCUGAAGGUGAAAGGUGACCAAGGUUGAAGAGACUUAAGGCCUGGUAGAUGAUGAUAAUGGUUGUAUGGGAGUUUAGUGUCUGCUGUAAAUGACCAUGCCCUCUACUAAUGCAACCUCUAUGAGGAAUGAACUAGACCUGGGUUCAAAUACUAUUUG